AGAAAUACCUUUGCUUGUACCGAUUUAACCGAGCACGUUUGCCAAUUGCGCGCUAGCGGUGAACAACAAAAGCAAUUACCUUCGCUCAACACCUGCGACUGUCAAGUGAUUUGGGCCAAACACACACACAUACAUCCAGCAACCCACACACACACACACAACCAAAAUGGUGGACGCUGCCAGACAAAUGCUCGAUGAGCUAAUGGGUCGCAACCGAAAUUUGCAUCCUUCGGAGGCGGGGCAGGCGGUCAACUGGGAAGAUUCAGAGUUUUGUCAAUUCUACAAUGUGAAAUUCUGUCCACACGAUCUGUUUAUAAACACACGAGCCGAUCUCGGGCCAUGCACACGCAUCCACGAUGAGGAGGCGAAACAUCUGUACGAGGAGGCGCGUCCGUCGCAGCGCAAGCGGCACACGGAGGAUGAGUUUUUGCGCUUUUGCAAUGUGAUGCUGCACGAUGUGGACCGCAAGAUACAGAAGGGGAAGCAGCGAUUGCAGCUAAUGCAGCGCGAUCAUCCGUCGGCGCCCGUACAACAGUUGACGAAGCAUCAGGAGCAGCUGGGCAAUCUGAAUGCGCGCAUCAACAAGCUGAUGGCCGAGGCAGAGGAGGCCGGCAUACGCGGCGAUGUCGAUCAAGCCCAGGAACUGAUGACCGUCUGCGAGGAAUUGAAGGAGGAAAAGGAAACGCUGCAGCAACAGUACGAGGCCCAUGUCAAGCAAUACCAAAAGAUUCGAACAGCGCCGCCACCGACGAACACAGCCAUGCCAUCGGUCACGCCCAGUAGCACGCCAACAACGAACGCCGGUGAACCGCCUAGCGGUGACCAGGCGCUGGCCAGUCCCAUCAUAGCCAACAGUAGUGACAUGGGCGCCAAUGACAGCACCGAAUCAAGUAACGCUGGCGAAGACAACUCCACAAACACAACAACAACCACACAGGCAACGGCAGCGGUAACUGAAACAGUAGCUGCGUCGGCAUCCCCAACGGCUAGCACAAAUCCCACAGGCGAUGACCCAAAGACGGACUCUAAUAAAAUCGAUUCCAAAACGGGUGCCAAUUGGUCGCACGAUGUGCUGCCCGAAAAACAGAUGAAGGUCUGCGAAAUCUGUGGCGCUUUUCUCAUUGUCGGCGAUGCACAGCAGCGCAUCGAGGAUCAUCUGAUGGGCAAACAGCAUUUGGGCUAUUCCAAGCUGCGCAACGCCGUCGCCGAAAUCAACGAGCGACGCCAAAAAGAGCACGAGGAGGAGGAGCGAAGGCGUCGCGAUGAUCGUGUUCAACGCUUUCACAACACCUACGACAACAGGCGAGAUCAACGCUCUGAUUAUCGGGAACGCAGUCGUGACUAUGCGCCGAAUCGACAGUCAUCUGAUAGACGGCAUCAUCACCACAAAUCAUCGCAUCACGGUCAUUCGUCGUAUUCGCGGAGUGGCAGCCACAACAGGACCAGCAGCAGCAGCAGCAGCACUCGCAGUCGACACAAUCAUUAUCGGCACGACAGUCGAGAGCGUCAUUGUCGAAGUCGUAGUCGCAGUCGCUACUAGUGGCGGAUACAAUAAUACCAAAUACAAACAGAAGAACAGCAACACCAACAGCAACAGCGCAACAGCAACAAUUCUAUGAACAAGUACAACAAAAGCAGCCAGCAACAGCAGCAAAAGUUGUAAAUCAACAUAAUAAACAUAUGAAAAAAAUGAAAUGAAAAUGGAAUAAUCAUAAAACAACAGCUCUUGUAAAUCAUUGAAAAUGCAAGUUAGACGGAGAUACCCAACAAACAACAACAACAAACAAACAACAAUCAUCAACCCACACGAACGAGAAAAAAAAUGCGAGAACUUCAAACAUCUCUAACCACGCCCAAUCGCGCUGCCCUUCUUCCACUCUCUCUCUCACACUCACUGUCUCUCUGAAUGCAGCAACGAGGUACUCCAAAUAAUAAUAACACAUUUCAAUAAUCUGUAUAAAAAAAAAAAAACAAAAGAUAUAUAAGAUCACAGUCAAAAGGGGAACACAUGUGUGACACGUGUGAACCUUCCAAAUAUGCGAAUAGAGGAUCAAUGAUGGGCGCCAAUGUUUGAAAGGAGCGGACUUCUCUCGCCACUCGCUUUUCUGUUGUGAUCGAUUGUGCCUGCUGUGAUGAUCUUCUCCAGGUAACUGCUAUGCCCACAACAUCCAGUAAUGUUUCUUCAAGACAGACGAAUGCCGACGAACAGCAAGCAGCGAGUAACGAGCAACGAGCAAUGAGUAACGAGUAACCAGUGACGGGCUCACCCUAAAUCUACCACUCAUGUUAACUGUAAUAAGCAUGAGAUACGAGGUGAAUUUCAAUUUCUCUCCUUUCUAUCUCUUUUUCUAUAUACAAAGCUAUAUUC